AUCGACUGCGCCCUGCUCCUUUGGCUUGAGAGGCACCCCGCCGUCCGCAUCGCCGACUUCGUGGGCGGCUUCGACUGGCCACGGACCUUCAACCAGUCGAUGCACGGUGCGCGUUCUAUGAAAACCAAGGUUGACAUCCGCCGGCGUGCCGAGGGAAAGGCUCGGCUAGGAAUAUGGCUGGCGGUGUGGUACGGGAGCGCAGCCAGGUUCGCGCCGCUGUCCUUCGGGGGCGCUAGGACGCCGAUGAGGCUACCCUUUCUCCCGGUCCUGCUCGUCGUGUGCGGGAAU